AUGGUCGACCCCAGGCACGGCUUUACCGUCCACACCUUCUCCCACCGAACGGGACUAGAAUCCACCUUUGCUGAACAGUACCUGCGCGAGCAUGACUGGGACUUCGACGCGGCGAUCGUGGCGCUCGAAACCGAGAAGGAACACAAAUCGUCAACGCAUACAUACUCGAGCCACGCGGCACACCAUAUCGCAACCGCCAGCGGCGAUCUCAAGCUGCCGAAAAGCGUCAACGUCCGUGAUGCUGAGAUCUCUGUGGAGCGCCUCAUGAAGCGCACUGGCUUGACACUCGAGUAUGCCCAUAUGGCACUCUCCGCAAGAGAAUGGAAUUUAUGGAAAGCAGAGGCGGCGUUCAAAAGCGUGCAGGGGGCACUACCAGCAGAGGCUUUCCAAGUCACUCACACCCUAUCGAGUCGGACUGGAAUGACGCUGGCCGCCUGUACUGAUUGCCUGAUCUCCACGCAAGGCAACUACAGCGAAGCUCUCGUUGCUUUCGAGCGCCUUCGCCCGCGUCUCCCGCCCGAAGCCUUCAUCACGCGACCGACCAAGACCACCUUCUUCUCUCUCCCGCCAGAGAUUCGCAACGAAAUCUACAGCCUUGUCGUUCAGGGCGAAGCAGCGGCUCACACCGAUUACGAUGGCCUGGUUCCAAUUGUCUGUUCACCAUUCCCUGGCCUCCUUCGCGUCAACUCUCAGAUCCGAAGCGAAUCUGUGGGCUUGUACCUCUGCUCCACUCCUUUCUGCGAUUACUUCCACUUCGAAGACUACGGUCCAGACGAAAAGACUCGCGCAGCCCGAGCCCUGUUCCAAUGGCUUGACAUAGUCGGUAACAAGAACGUCCGCGAUCACUUGGGCUCUGUGACCAUCAUUUCCAACAUGGUAUUUGAUUGCGUUCAUGGUUGCUCUGCAAACAGAUACGGCCGUAGCGAGAGCAUAUUCAACACGUGGAAGUAUAUUGGUGCCUCACUCAAGAUUCGAGGGGUGCAAGGACAUCAGAUUCGCUUUCCUGGGAUGCUCCACUCUGACAUGACUCUUUGUUCCGUGGAAUACGACAACCGCCUCAUGACUAGGAUUCUCUUGAACGCGGUCAUCGCGGUCGAGAUAUUGGAGAAAGUAGUCAAACUGGUAGACGAGAAGUUUCGGCCGCCGCAAGUGGACGCAUUGGUUGAGGCGGGUUGGGAGAGCGAAGAAGGAUUGAGCCGAUCGGAUUGGCAGCGUCGUCACCCAGGAACGGGCCUAGCAGACGCGAAGAAGGUGGUCGAACAGUGGAGAGAACAGGUCGAGAAGUGGUUGCGCCUAGAGAAGGACAGGGUAGAGAAGGAGAAGGCGGAGAAAUCGAGCAAGAGAUACUCGUGACGGCCAGCGAUUUGCAACCGGCUACCGAGUGCACGAACCUCACUUGAUUCGUGAGCGUCUUGUUUGAAGUUCCAGCAUCACACUCGUCGAUCUGGUAAUAACAGAAAGGAGGACGUCAGAGUUUCCAGCAGUGAGGUUCUACGUACCUACCAACAAUGCCGACCAGGACUGGCACAGAUGAGUGCUAAACUUUCGAGAGCUUCCCCAACGGUCUUGUGCGACAGCCCAACUCAUCGCUGAAACAGUCAGCACACCAGACAGAGGGACCGUAGGACUA